CGCGCAAGAAAUAAUUUCUCAGACAAAAUUAAUGGCAUUACAGUAAUAAACAGUAAAAGCAAAGGGCAAACAUCGAAAUAAAAAUCCAAAGAUUCCAUUCAUGAAGGUGAAAAAUGCUGGCUUCUCUACUCUAAUCCAAACAAAGCCACUUUUCAUCAUUAUUCUUAAUUUACAAAAAGCGAAUUAUUUCAUUAUUAUUAUUUUUGUAAAUCCUCUGUAUCUGUCUCUCUUGCAUUAACUCAAAAUAUCAAACUCUUCCUAAUUCUCUUUCAUUUUCUCCAAGUUUCGUUCAAUCUUCAGAUUCUUCAUCAUCCUCUUUUCAACUUUCACAGUUGAAGCGUUGAAGAAGUUUCAGAUUUUGGAUUCGAUCAGAUCAACUUAAUCUGUUUUCAAACUCAAAUCACUCACCUCCUCACUUCCUGGAUUCUACAUGGUGAACAAAUUAUCUUUGACUUGAUAUUGCUAAGAAAUUGGUUAUAUCCGUGGAGAAGAUGGUGAAACCUCACUUGAGAGAGUCUAUAAAAUCCCUGUUUGGAAGUCACAUUGAUCCUGAUAAAGAAGAGCAGCUCCGAGGUGCUAAAACAGAAACUGAAGAAAAAGUGAAAAGGAUAUUGAAACUUAUUAAAGAUGACAACCCUGAAGAGGAUGGUACCACAGCAGAACUUUUGAAAAGGGAACCACUUGCUGAAUUGAUUGAGGAUUUCCACAAUCAAUACCAAUUACUUUAUACACAAUAUGAUAAUCUGACAGGCGAGUUAAGGAAUAGGAUCAAGGGCAAGCGAGAAAAGGGGAGUUCUUCAUCUAGCUCUGACUCGGAUUCGGAUUCAGAUUAUUCUUCAAAGGGCAGAGACAGCAAAAAUGGACAACUGCAAAAUGAAUCUCAAAAGAUAAUUGAUGGAUUAAAGCAAGAACUUGAAGUGGUGCAUCAGGAAGUCGCUGAGUUAGAUCAGAAGUUGAGAGUUACACGUGAAGAGAAGGAGGACAUAACUUCAAAACACCUUGCAGCCCUGAACAAGAUACAUGAAGCAGACAAAAUUAAUAUGGAUUUGAAAACUGAUGCCGAGGCAUUAGAGAUUCAAAGAUCAAAACUUUUGGCUGAGAAUACUGAACUGAAUAAGCAACUGGACAUUGCUGGUAAAGUAGAAGCUGAACUGAGUCAAAGAUUGGAGGAGAUGAAAAUAGAAAACAGUAGCUUGGCGGCGGAGAAAGAGACAGCUCUCCAACAGUUUGACGAGGAAAAGAAAAUUACAGAUGACCUGAGAAACCUCAAUGAUCAACUGAAAGAUGAUAAGUUAGUGAUUGCGAAAGAAUUACAAGCAUUAACAGAUGAACUUUCUAGUCUGAAGCAGAAACUGAAACAUGCAGAAGAGCAAAUAACAACUAUAAGCCACAAUCUGGAGGUCACAAAGGAAGAAAAUGAAUCACUAAAAGCAGAACUUUCACAGGCUUCAAAUGAGGUUCAGCUGUCUCAGAACAGAAUACAAGAAUUUGUAUCUGAAUUAAAUCAGUUAAAAGAGAAACUUGAUGAGAGAGAAAGGGAAGUUUCGACCCUCACUCAGAUGCAUGAAGGUCAUCAGAAUGAGUCCUCAAAUCUAAUCAGGGAACUGGAGGCACAAAUCACAAAUCUGGGGCUGGAAUUAGAAUCACUGCAAAACCUAAAAAAAGAUAUGGAGGAGCAACUUAAGAGAUGCAGCACUGAUGCUAGGGAACUGGAAGCGCAUAAUUCGGGGUUGCAAAACCAAAUUUCAGAACAUGAAAUGAAGUCCAAAGAAAGAGAAGAAGAAUUAUCUGCUGUCAUGAAGAAACUCAAAGAUAAUGAGAAUGAAUCAUCUUCCAAAAUAUCAGAUUUGACUUCUCAAAUAAACAAUUUGCAGGCUGAUAUAAGUUCAUUACAUGCUAAGAAAAAUGAACUGGAAGAGAAAAUAAUUUUCAAAAGCAAUGAAGCAGGGGAACUGGGAGAGCACAAGUUAGGGUUGCAAAACCAAAUUUCAGAACUUGAAAUGAAGUCCAAAGAAAGAGAGGAGGAACUAUCUGCUAUCAUGAAGAAACUCAAAGAUAAUGAAAAUGAAUCAUCUUCCAAAAUAUCAGAUUUGUCAUCUCAGAUAAACAAUUUGCAGGCUGAUAUAAGUUCAUUACAUGCUAAGAAAAAUGAACUGGAAGAGCAAAUAAUUUUUAAAAGUAAUGAAGCAAGGGAACUGGGAGAGCACCAUGUAGGGUUGCGCAACAAAAUUUCAGAACAUGAAAUGAAGUCCAAAGAAAGAGAAGAAGAACUAUCUGCUAUCAUGAAGAAACUCGAAGAUAAUGAGAAUGAAUCAUCUUCCAAAAUAUCAGACUUGACAUCGCAGAUAAACAAUUUGCAGGCUGAUAUAAGUUCAUUACAUGCUAAGAAAAAUGAACUCGAAGAGCAAAUAAUUUUUAAGAGUAAUGAAGCAAGGCAACUGGGAGAACACAAUUUAGGGCUGCAAAACCAAAUUUCAGAACUUGAAAUGAAGUCCAAAGAAAGAGAAGAGGAACUAUCUGCUAUCAUGAAGAAAGUUGAAGAUAAUGAGAAUGAAUCAUCUUCCAAAAUAUCAGAUUUGACAUCCCAGAUAAACAAUUUGCAGGCUGAUAUAAGUUCAUUACUUGCUAAGAAAAAUGAACUGGAAGAGCAAAUAAUUUUUAAAAGUAAUGAAGCUUCAACUCGGGUCGAGAGCAUUACAAAUGAGUUAAAUGUAUUGCAGCAGGAAGUGGAGUCUCUACAACACCAGAAAUCUGACUUGGAAGUUCAACUUUUGGAUAAAAGCCAAGAAAAUUCCGAGUGUUUGAUUCAAAUUCAAAGUCUGAAAGAGGAGGUUGGCAGAAAAACCCAGGAACAAGAGAGACUUAUGGAAGACAGAGAAAAUUUAACCAGGCAGCUAAGGGAUCUGGAACUGGAGAUGAGUACCCUAAAGAGCAAAAAUAGCAAAGAUGAAGAGCAAAUAAGGGCCAACAUCCAAGAGAUCAGUCUUCUCCAGGAUAAAAUUUAUAAGGCAGAGGAAGAGGCUUCAGGAAAAAUAGUUGCCUUCACAGCCCAAGUUGACAAUCUGCAAAAGGACUUGCUUUCCUUGCAGAAAGCAAAAGAAGAAUUGGAGCUCUACUGUGAAAAACUCAGAGAAGAACAUGCACAAACCCUCAUAAUUGUUAGCAAUGAAAAGAAUGAAUUAGCCAGCAAAAUAGUGGAUCUUCAGAGAACAUUGAAAGAACAGGAAGAUGCAUAUCAGAAGUUGAAUGAAGAAUAUAAGCAAGUUGACAGUUGGUUUAAUGAAUGCAAGGCCAAACUUGAAGUUACCGAGAGGAAGAUUGAUGAAAUGGAAGAAGAGUUUCGUGAAGGCAUUGGGUCAAAAGAUCAGAUUUUAACUGAUUUGGAACACCAAGUUGAAGACCUGAAAAGAGACCUGGAAGAGAAAGGGGAUGAGACCAGCACUUUGCUUGAGAAUGUCAGGAAUCUUGAGGUAAAGCUUCGCCUGUCAAACCAAAAGCUCCGGGUCACUGAACAAUUGCUAAGUGAAAAGGAAGAGAGCUUUAGAAAGGCAGAAGAAGAGUUUCAGCAAGUUCAGAGAGAACUUGAACACAGGAUUGCUACUCUGGUAGCAACAAUCACUGCCAACAAUGAAGCUUUUCAUGAAACAGUCACAAGUAUUAAAGUGUGUGUCAACAGUGUGAUAUUUGGGAUAGAUACUGUGAGCAAGAAAUUUUCCGAUGACUGCAAUAACUAUGAGAACUCCAUCGCAAACAUCUCACACGAGCUACAUGUUGCAAAAGAAUAUGUCAGUGAGAUGAAUAGGGAAAAGGGGGAGUUACAGAAAGAUAAAAAGCUUUUGUUGGAGGAACUGCAGGGUAAAAAGGAAGAGGAAUUAACUCUGAGGGAGAAGGUCGAGAAGCUUGAGGCAAAGGCAAGAAAGGAGGAAUCGGAGAAGAUGAAUGUGACAGUUGAACUUAAGAACACAGUUACAGAGCAUGAGAAGUUGGUGAAAGAGAAAGAGGAGGGUAUGUUGCACUUAGGAGAGGAAAAGAGGGAGGCCAUUAGGCAGCUCUGUUUGUUGAUUGAUUAUCACCGUGAGCGUAAUGACUAUCUCAAGGAAAUCAUAUUGACGACUCGCAGGGGCCAGAGAGCAGCAUAAAUCCUUCUAUAUUUUUUUUAUGCAGCUUUGUCCAGUUAGGUAUUGUUGUGAUUUGGCAUAUAAUUAGCUCAAUUUUUUCCUGUUUAUUGAUUCUUUUGUUUUACAAAGAUGAGUGUGUGUAUAAUUUGAUUUUUCCAGUAUAAUGAGCAGAGUUAGUUCUGUUCUUGUCUUGAAUUUGAAUUGAAUAAUCGUGGUGAUGUCUUUUUGUUUUGUUCAGUAUAGAAAUUUGGAUUAACAAGUCCCACUAUAAAUUUUUACCAGUUCUUGCCGGUC